GAAAGGAGCAGAUCUCUUCGCUCAAAGGAAUAGGAAGAGUUUAUUCAGACUACAAGGUAUUGCUACAGCUUCUCUCACGUUCCCUCAAACAGCAGAGCACGGUCUUGUUUUUAUGCGCAGUGUUCCAUCUGUGGUGCCAAGCCAGGAAGAUGCCCAAUCCGGCGACAUGCCCCUUCCCAGGCUCCCGGCUGUGGCUGGUAUCCGUUGCUCUGAUGGUGCUGUCGGUGAUCUCAUCUUCUUCGACCUACCAGAGACCUGCACCCGGCGGCGGGGGGAAGAGAACGGGGUUCAUGGAGAGGACGCUCAUUUUGCUGGACGUCAACACCCGCAGUCCGGUUCAAGUUCUAAAUGACAACUUCCUCUCUUUACAGUUGGAUCCGUCGAUUAUAAAGGACGGGUGGCUGGACUUUCUGAGUUCCAAGCGUUUGGUAACCCUAGCCCGAGGUCUGUCCCCAGCCUAUCUGAGGUUCGGAGGAAAGAGAACUGACUUCCUCCAGUUCCACAACUUGAAGAACCUUGCCAAGUUCAGAGGCCCCGGCCCAGAUUACUACCUAAAAAACUAUGAAGAUGACAUAGUGCGUAGUGACAUCGCCCUGGACAAGCAGAGGGGCUGUAAGCUGGCCAACCACCCUGUCAUGAUGCUGGAGCUGCAGAGAGAGAAGGCAGCUCAGAUGCAGCUCGUUCUCCUCAAGGAGCAGGUCUCCAACAUCUACAGUAACAUCACAAUAACAGGCCGGUGUAGCUGGUCCCUGCAGAAGGUGGAGGUACGGAGUCCCUCUCCCUCUCUCGACAUCGAGGGGUCCCCCGGCGUAAUAGGAUCAGAGCCAUUCUGGACUCAAGACGCCGGGUGA